AGGGAGGGAGACUCGUAUCGUUCAAUACCGUAUCUAUGUGUCGAAAUCUGAUUGCGCAAGCAUAAAUAUUAACAUCUGCUUUUUUUAUUACGGAGCGGAACCGUUAAUUUGAAACAUUACGUCAUUGAUAACGUGCGUUUUCGGGCAGCUGCUAUUUUUGUCGAAUAAUAAUUCUCGUAUUACUCGAAAUACAAAAGAGAUCCUUAUAAGAAUUCCGCCGGAUUAUACCGUAGAUAACCUAAAAGAAUCAGUGAUUAGAAUGGAUUUUCAUGAUGUCACUCAUUGCAUUUUCGACAUGGAUGGUUUAUUACUAGAUACAGAAUCUAUAUAUACAAUGGCGUACAAUCAUGUCACUCAGGAAUAUGGGAAAACGUAUGGCUGGGAGCAUAAAGCGAAAAUUAUGGGUAAUAAAACUACUGAAGCUUUGCAGAAUUUAAUAGAAAUGUUACAGCUUCCGAUUACAGUGCAAUCAUUUGAAGAUAAGCUCACUCCUAUAUGCAAAGAAGUAUUUCUUCAAUGUAAUCUUAUGCCAGGUGCAGAAAAGUUGUUGCAGCAUCUUAAAAAGAAUAAUAUACCUAUCGCAUUAGCUACAAGUUCAAGCGAGGAGAGUAGCGAUUUAAAAACUCAAAAAUGGAAACACUUAUUCGAUCUGUUCAAUCAUAAAGUGUAUGGUGGUUCUGACCCAGAAGUCAUCCGAGGAAAACCACAUCCAGAUAUAUUUUUAAUUGCCGCAAAACGUUUCCCUGAUAAUCCUGAUCCUUUAAAGUGCUUAGUCUUUGAAGAUUCACCGAAUGGAGUACAAGCUGGUAUCGCUGCUAAGAUGCAAGUGGUAAUGGUGCCAGAUCCUCAGCUUCCUAAACACCUCACCAACAACGCAACGUUGGUCUUAGAAAGUUUGGAAGACUUCAAGCCAGAAGAUUUCGGCCUACCGCCAUUUAUAGCAUAAAAAUAUAAUUAAAUCAUUUGCCUUCCUAUAUACAAAGGAAGUAUAGAUUGCAAAAGAGAAUAUUAUAACAUAUUUUAUAGGCAGGUUUUAAUCAUUAAUUAGCAUUAAUUAAUUAAAGUCUGACUGAUGUACAUAGAUCUGAUUUGAAAAAAGAAAAAAUAUGUUUCUGCAGAUAUAUAUUUUCAUAUAACAUAUGGAAGUUACUGCCUGAAAUCGAAAACGAUGACUGCACAUAUCGCAUACAAAAGAUAAUUCUUCGUUCCCUCCCAUAUGUUUAUUAAUAGGAUGAAGUUCCAAUUAUAGAUAUAUUUAUGUAUCGAUUAUAUUUACUGAACGUUAACUUUUUAAGUUGACCAGAAAGACGACCAGAAAGUAUUAAUCGGACCUAGACUUAUUUUUCAGAUAAAAUUUAAAAUAAAAUACAAAGUUUAAUAUCAUAAAGUGAUAAUAAUGCUUAGCAAAGUUCUUCGAAUCGAUCAAAAACUUAACACCGCAAUAUUUAAAAAAAAAAUAAGAUCGCAAAAAUAAUACUUUUGAUUUUUCAACUCUCCCUUGUCUUUGAGUCUUAAAGUGUAAAGAAUAUUGCACAUAUUCUACAAAAUAUUA